CUACCCACUCUGUGAACAGCGGAAGUACACAGAAAGUUCAUAAACAUGACAAUCGCCAUUUCAGAUUCCAUUUUCUAUUGUUUUCAAAUUGUAUAUAAACUGUGAGGUUCGGGGGGAUCUUCACUGAAGUUUUCUACAGUGAAACUGUGCUAUCACAUCGGGAAAGUUAGGAUAAGAAUAUAAAAUUCAACAAAAAUGAAGGUGUACUGUGGCUUAUUAGCAUUGGUGCUGAUCUCAGCACUGGUUCUCCCGGGAACAGACGCAAGUUGGUUCAGACGUGUGGUAGCUAAGGUGAAGUCAGUCUUCUGUAACACCGUAGUAUCAAAGGUGUGUAGUCUCAAUGGCGUAUGUAGAUGGGUAAAUAGACGAGUAUGCGGCAAACGAGACCUUGACUCAAUCCAACUUGAGUUGAGAGAUGUGGAUGAUGAGGAACAUGUAUGCCCCAUUCCUGUAUCAUUUGACUACUUUGAUACCAAUGAAGAUGACUAUAUUGAUGCUGAAGAAAUGGCAAGGGGUCUCAAUAUGAACGUGGAACAAACCAAAAGAAUGGUAAUUGAUCCCUGUGACAUUGAUGGGGACGACAAACUCAGUGAACCAGAGUUUGAAGAGUGUCCACUUGUAUUUGAGAACAGAGAACUGGAUAGUGGGAAAGAGCCAAAGUUUGUUGCCAAACAAAGGAAAGACAGGAAGAAACAAAAUUAAUUAUGAAGACUAACAAACAAAUAAACAAAAUAAACAAAAGACCAGAAACUAACAAGACAAUUAAAAAUUCUUUAAACAAACAAUUAAACACAAAUUUUAACAAUGUACAAUAGCCUUAUCAACUUUCUAAACACUCUGUAUACAUUCAUUGAUGAGAAAUAAACAAAAUUGGUUUCAAAAAAGAAUAAAUAUUUUUUCCAUUCUUGUUAGAGUUUAGAAUCCUCUUGGAAAAAAUGCCAAUGAGAAUAAUACAAAUAUUUUCAAAAAAUUGGUACUGCUGGAUUCUUGUAUUCAAUAAUGUCUCAUCUGUGUUCCAAUGAGCACCAUCAAGAGACUU